CAUCUUUAUACGACCCCUUCCUUCUUUAUCUGUCCCCCCUUUACCCUUCCCCACUCCAUCCUCCCCCCCUCCAUAUUUCCUCUCCUGAUCCUUCUUUCUUCACCACCUUUCAAGAUAACCUAACUUACGAAUAACCCCUAAGUUGUUCAACUCCCAAAGUAAAAUAAAGAAUUUUCUUCUACCUUUUUCGACCCCCUUCUUCACCCUUCACCCUACUUUCCCUCCUAGAUCCUUCUUUCUCCCACCUUCUUGCAGCGUGACCUAACUUACUCCUUUCAUCCUUCACCCUCCUUCCCCUUCUAGGUCCUUCUCCCUCCCACCACCUUACAUCGUGACCUAACUUCCAAAUAACCCCUAAGUUGUUCAUACUUCAAAGUAAAACUUUAGAAACUGGCUCCAAAGUGAUCAAGUUUUGAGAUAUAAAUUCAAAAUAAUCGGAAACAAAAUUGUUAGCAUGGUCAUUAACUCAUUCAGUUCUCUUCUCUUGCCUGCUUCGAUUUAUUAUUAUUUUCUUAAAGACUGAGAGAGACUCAGGACCUUCAGAACAUUUUCUCAUAGCUUGCAUAUAAAAUAUGCUGUUUACUCAUUCAAGCAAGUCAUUUGAAAAAAGUUCGUCUAUCAGUGAAAAUCUCAUAAAAAUAUGAAAAUAAUUGUGUUGCUAUUUAUGUUGACAUUAGAAGCACAAUGUCAAGAAAGUGGAAAUUUUUGGUGGAAGAACAAGGACUUAGUAAAUAGUGCGUCGCAAUCGCGUAGCUUGAAAGAAUCAUCAGCAAAAAUUAGGACAUUGCCGCCGCGUUAUCGACAUGAAAAAGAAGAAGUGACUACAAAGAAGGCAGUGUCACUUUAUGACAGAGAUUCUCAUGAAAAUGAGGAUAAUCAUGCUGAAUAUAAAUACGAUAAUGAGCCAGACUGUGUGUGUGUUCCGAAAAACCUGUGCAAUAGCAAUAAUACGCUAAUUACGGAUGGCAAUGGAUUGAUCGAUGAAAGAUCAUUCAAUUUAUGUGGCACUGGAAAUAUUUGCUGUCGUCUCCAAAAAAGCACAUCAAAGCCAAUUCCUCAAAAAAUUACAACAACAACUCAGAGAAAUUUCUUAAAUUUCAACAUUUCAAAUAUUACGAAUUUAAUAAGCACAAUCCUGAGACCUGUCGAAUCGACAGACUUUAAGCCAACAACAGUCAAGCCUGCAUCGAAUCUACAAUGUAUCUCAAAGAAAGGAAAGCGAUUGCAAGAGAGAAUUUUAAUCGAUGACGAGGCUGAAGAAGGUGAUGAGCAUGAUCAAGUUGGAGAAACAACGUUUGCGGAAUAUCCAUGGAUGAUUGAGCUUUUAAAAAUUAAUCAAAAGACUAGAGUUUUCGAAUAUAAAUGUGGUGCUGUUUUGGUAAAUCCAACGACAGCAUUGACAGCAAAUCAUUGUCUGAAAAGUAAAGUUCCAUCAAACUUUCAAAUCAAGGCUGGCGAAUGGGACAGAAGUUCAGCCUUAGAAUAUUUACCACAUCAAGAUCGAUCAGUGUCCAAAAUUAUCGCACAUCCACAAUAUUAUGCUGGUGGUCUAUACAAUGACAUUGCAAUACUUAAAUGGAAUAGUCCAUUAAAACUAGAACUUAAUGUUCAGCCACUGUGUCUGCCUGAAGAAAAUGAAAUUAUACCAACUGGAACUAGAUGUAUAGUAACAGCUUGGGGCAAGACAGCACAAAACUCUCCAACAACUGAUCGCUUAAAGUUCGUUCGAGUUCCAAUUGUUGAUCAUUCAAAAUGUCAAAAGCAGUUCCGUGACUUCCGUUUGGGUCCUCGAUUUAGAUUACAUGAAAGUUUUGUUUGUGCUGGCGGAGAAGAGGGACUUGAUGCUUGCAAUAAUGACGGAGGUUCUCCAUUGGUUUGCAAAAGACCAGAUUCAGAUUCAUACAUAUUGGCAGGCUUGGUAUCAUGGGGUUUAGACUGUGGACUUAAAGAUGUUCCUGGCGCUUAUACAAAUAUUUUCAAUUUGCUAAAAUGGAUUAAACAUAAUUUGUAGUAAUUGUAAAUUCUCGGUUAAUUAACUUGUGUCCAAAGAUGCUAAUUUAAUUAUGUUUAGUGUAUAAGUAUUAAGUUCUAAUAAAUACUAGC